UGUUGGGGAGGAUAAACGCGGGCUGAGGCGUCACGACGUUUUUCCUCGGUUUCAUUCACCGGAAUAGUUUAUAAUCGAGCGGAAAUUGUAUGGAAUCAAUUUUCAUGAGUUAAUCUACGUUGGGACGAAGAUUCAAGGAUGGACGACAACGACUCGACGACAGUCAUAAAGAUGCUCCAGGACCUGAAGUCCGAGAACUACCGCAGAAACAGCGGCGUCUCCCUGCGUCUCUCCAACGCAGGCCUAUCAAUGAGCGCCCUCCCCCCUCCCCCCGAGGACAAGCACCCGAGUUCCAUCAGAAGGAGCGUCGACAAGUCCCCCCUGACUGAGGACUCGGCGACCCCUCUGAAGCGCCGAAGACUGGACUCGACCCUCUCCUCCACCUUCAACCUGUCCUCGAUCUCGGAUUCAGCCCCAGGUACGCCCUGGGAAUGGCGCAGGUUGAAGGCAGAACUAGUCGCCCUCCGAACUCGGCUCUCCCACACGGAGGCCACUGUCACCCAGCUCCACAAAAUCCGUCGAGAGAUCGAGGAAGUCUUCGAGCGGGACAAGCACAUGCUGGAGAUGCAGGCAGAGCUGGACAAGCAGACGAUAAAACAACUUGAAUUGCGCCUCGAGUCCUCGAAGAAGAGCACGCAAGAGGCGCGAGAGUCUCAGGCUGCUGCGGAGUUGGAGCUCUUUCAAAUAAAAUCAAAACUGGAGCAGAAAAUCCUGGCCCUGAUGACGGAAAACGCCAGCCUGAAGGAGACCGCGAUGUACUGCAACUCCGAGGACUCUCCAGCAUCCCCAAAACUCCAGGAAGAGGACUCCGAUGCCCAACUCAAGCUGGAAGCUGCUGAGGAAAGAAUUCUGGAGCUGGAGGUCAAGCUGAAGGAGCACAUGGUCUCCCAUCAGGAGCUCGAGCUCCAGAACUUGGAGCUGCAGAACGCGAGAAUGAAGAUUGAGACGUUGGAGGCAGAAAGAGCCCUGUGGGAGGAGGGUAAGAGUCUUCUGUCGAGAGCAGCACGUGCCAACGAGCUCGAGAAGGAGAUACAACUGGCGAAGGAGCAGAUAUCGAUCCUCCGCGAAGCUGUCAAGGGGAAGCUCCUCCUGGAAGAGCAGAUGGCCAACAUGGAGAAGAGGCUGGAGCACACGGAGCGAGUGGAGUCGAAGCUGGCGAUGAUGGAGGUGAGAUGUGAAGAGCUGUCCUCGAGGAUUCAGGAGUACGAGGGAAUUGGAAUUGGGAAGACUCCAGGGGCUUUGAGGCAGGAGGUCCAUCGUCUCCAGCAGUCUGAAGCUCUUCUGAUGCUGGAGGAGGGGAGACUGCGGUGCCAGGCUGACGCCCUCCAGAGGGAGAACGAUGGACUCCAGAGGAAGUACGAGGAGGCGAAGAAAAUGGCGACAGACAUGACGAGUUCCACUGAGAAGUUGAAUAAGUUCAUCAUCAGACUUCAGAAGAAGAUGCUGCUGGUGUCGAGGGAGAGAGACAGCUAUCGACAGCAGUUGGAUCUUUAUGAGAAGGAGAUGACGACUUUGGAGAGUAAUAAUGCCAUUACUGAGAGAAUUCCAGCGCUGGAGAGGGCUGUCGAGGGGUACAGGGAUCUCGUGGAGAAACUGGAGGCUGAUUUGGCCACUAUUUCGGAUCCUGAGAGUCUUCGGGCUAAGGAUGAGUGCAAGAGACUGCGGGGGGAGGUGGAGAGGCUCAAGGGGGAGUUGGAGCAUCGAGCUUUGAAGGGGGAUUUCAAUGUCAACUCGAGGAUUCUGCAUUUUAAGAUGAAUCCAGCUGCUAUUGCUGGACAGCAAGCUGAGGAGAAGCAGAAGGCACUGCUUCAGGAGGUCGAGGAACUCAGGGCGAGGGUGCAGCAUGGAUUUGCUGGACAGAGUGGAGCAGUUAUCACUACUUCGUCGUCGUUUCAGGCGCAGGAGAUUGCGGAGUUGAAGCAGUCACAUGAGAUCAAGAUUGCGAGAUUGAAGGAGGCUUUCAAGGCCUCCUCGCAGGAGUACAGGCAGGCUUGCUAUCAGCUGUUUGGCUGGAGGGUUGACAGGACCAAGGAGGGAAGGUACAAAUUGUCGAGCCAGUAUGCAGAGUCCCCUGAUGAUUUUUUGUUCUUCAAUGUGGGGGAGGGCGUCGAUUUGCUGGAGACUGAAUUCUCGUCUACGCUUGGGCCACUUAUUGAGAGACAUCUUGUCAGGCAGCACAGUGUGCCUAUGUUUUUGAAUGCUGUGCAGAUGGAUCUGUUUUCGCAGCAGACUAUUACUAAUAUUGUGGGGUGAAUUAUUGGGUUCAUUGGGAAGUGAUGGAGAUAAUUCAAGCGGUGAGAUUCUGCAAUGAAAAGCUGAUUGAACCUCUUAAUUCUGGCAGUGAGAGGAACAAUAAUUUGAAAAAAACGACUGGAUUUGUAUUUUCCUACAGUUCCAUAGCUGAAUAUCAAUAUCUCCGGGGUUUUUUACUUGAUAGGUUAAUAAUGUUAAAAUAGAGAUGCUUUCGGAGGUGAAUUUAUUAAUUCGGAACAGAUUAUCUUGGGAGAAUUCCGAAAAGUUGUGAGGUCAGGGGACUGCCAAGAAGUUUUUUUUGUGAACUGAAAUAUUCUACACAAAAAAUUUCCCUCAUUGGUAAUUCAUGUUAUUUAUUCUCUGAGUUAUGCAACAAAAAUGUCGUUUUGCCUGCGAAUUUCGAGGAAUUACUUUUUAUAAAUGGAAAAACUCGCGACGAAUUUGUCUAGAGCUCUUCAUUGCAGUGCUAUUAGAAAAAUAAUCUGCAAAAUUUAACCUUUUCAUCUUUUAUAAUUUUAUGAACUGUAAUGAUUGAGCCCAGACUGAUGAUGUAUAAAAUUCUCACCAAUUUAUUGACAAUAGCUACGAGUUGUAUAAAAAUCGCUUAAUCCUAGAAGCUUAGCAUAAUCAAUCAAUAAUAAAUAAGUUACAUCCAUAAAAAAAGAUUUAUAGUUCAUAUAAUUUGUGCGCAGCAAUAGCAAGGCGUCUAUACCCAAGUCCGAGUGGAUUGAGAGCUUGAAUUGUCAAUUCACUUCGCAAAAGUGCUAUGAAAAAAUUACUAUAGUACUAUUCGAUCGAAUAAAGUGUUCCGUGCUAUUCUCAUAGUUUGUUCUAUCUUUGUUCUUAUUCUCAACUCAAAUUAAUCAAUUAUGUUCAUCAGUAGAAAUCUUGCAAUCCUCCAUUAAUGUCCUUGAAUACCCUCAAUAAUAGUUUCAUAAUCCUUUUUUAUAUAUGAAGUUAUUUGAUAGUCUCAAGUAUAAUAGAAUAUAAUUCUUUGGUAAUUCUCCAAGUAUGGCAGUGCGUGAGAACGGAUUACCAGCGAGGAGAUGCUGUGGAUUGGGAGGCUGCUGUCAUCAUUGAAGGAGGUCCACUAAA